AUGUCGGGCUUUGAGGUUUUGCGGGCGCGUAAACUUGUAAACUUGACGGAUGCCCCAAUCGGCCCACGCUAUGACAAGGAGGGGCGGAAAGAGGAGCAUAAGGAUGAGGAAGUAGAGUACUUCUUUGAUGGCGCGUCGUACUUUCUCCAUGUUUCCAGUGCGGACGUGAUACUUGCUUCCAGAGUUAGCGUCAGUUACGAAUGA